GCGCGGGCGCGCAUGCGCGGCGGGGCCCCGCGCGGCGGGGGCGGGAGGGCGGCGCCGGGCAGCGCCGCCGCGGGCCGGGGCCGGGGCCGGGGCCGGGGCCGGGGCCGGGGCGGCGGCGGCGAGCGGUCGCCCGGGCGCCGCCAUGCCCCGGGACAACAUGGCCUCCCUGAUCCAGCGGGUGGCGCGGCAGGCGCGCAUCACCUUCCGCAGCCCCGCGGGUCCGGCCUUCGGCGAGGACCUGCACCGGCUGCAGCAGUUGCUGGACGAGGUGCGCGCCGAGGACCUGCACCUGGCGCCGCGGGGCCCGGCGGCGGCGGCGGGGGCGGCGGGGUGCCCGCGGGCCGGCGCGGCGCCGCCCGUGAGCUACAUGCACAUCUGCGAGACGGAGAGCUUCAGCAUGGGCGUGUUCCUGCUGCGCGGCGGGGCCUGCAUCCCGCUGCACGACCACCCGGGCAUGAACGGCAUGCUCAAGGUGCUCUACGGCACGCUGCGCAUCGCCUGCAUGGACACGCUGCCCCCCGCCGCCGCCGCCCCGCCGCCCGCCGCCGCCGCCGCCGCCGCCGGCGCCCUGCACCGCGCGCUGCUGCGCUCGCGGCAGCACUACACGCCCGCCUCGCCGCCCUGCCUGCUGGCGCCGCACACCGACAACCUGCACCAGAUCGACGCCGUGGACGGGCCCGCCGCCUUCCUCGACAUCCUGGCGCCGCCCUACGACCCCGAGCACGGCCGGGACUGCCACUACUACCGCCUGCUGGAGGCGCCGCCGCCCGCCGCCGAGCCGCCCGCGCUGCCGCGCGAGGUCUGGCUGCUCGAGACGCCGCAGGCCGCCGACUUCUGGUGCGGCGGCGAGCCCUACCCCGGCCCCCGCGUCUGCCCCUGAGCCCGCGGCCGCCCCCCGCGCCGGGAGGCGCCUCCGGGCCGCUCUAUCCUUUCCCCUUCUGCAUGUGGGUUUCCCCCCCCUUCUUCUUUUCCCCCCCGUUGACAAGCCGGACCGGCCACGGAGGAGCGCGCCCCGCGCCGGCGGGGAUGGACGGCCCGGCCCGGCCCGGCCCGCUGCCGGGAGCGCGCGCGAGGAGCGCAGAGCCGGUCCCGCACCUGCAGCAGCUUCUUCCGCCGCCCGCCGGGACCACGGCCGCCCGCGGAGGGUGAUAACGCUACGACGCUUUGCGCGCCCGGCUGAGGCGGCCCUGGAGGCACGGCUGCUUCCUCCGGUGGCCUCGCGUCCCCUCGGCUGCCGGGCCAGGACCGCGGUGCCACGGCAGGGCUGCGGAUGCUGACACGCGCUCGUCCGGAAAGCUACUGAUCAGAGACUCUCACCUCCCCGUGAUCCCGCCUAGCUUCUUACGUUUGGGGCAAUAAAGCGAUAGAGUGUAUUUAUUUCCUUUUGACUGAUGUGACAUGAUGGAAGAGUAGCACUGGUAAACUUCUGCUCGGCUGAACGUUUGAGAGCAACCCAGCAUCCUGUAUAAAUAGUUCAGGCCUCCCUUUAGUAAAAGGGGAAGGGGGGGAUCGAACGCAAGCUGAGAGAAUAAACGCAAUAAGAAAUCUUCUAGGAGUCAUCCUGAACGCCAGAGGGGGGUCUCCUGCCGCUGCCUGCCCGCUGGCAGAGCCGUCCCGCGCGCGGUUGCUCUAGCAGGUACGCUGGAAGGAGCGUGUCCGCACGGCCGGGGACAGUGGUGCCUGGGAAGGACUGUUCUGUCUUCAUCUUUUGGGGACUUUAUCUCUAGAAUGAGCUUCAAUAAGAGCUGUACUGAACUAGCAAAAAAAACCAAAACAAAACAAACAAACCAACCCUGAACAACUCUUGAGCCAGGAAAUGCUCCUAGAAUAAACACCAGUGAUUCCUAGGGUAGCAGUUAAGUAAAUUUAAGGUCAUUUCCACUGUAAAGGGACAACGUCAGGUUCAGAAUUACUUUUUAAAAGCUCUUAAAAGUGUUACACGUCCUAAGAUCUAGCUAUUGCAACUGAGACUAAUUAGAGCUGUUUCUAUGCACAUCUCCUUCGGUAGGAGGAGGAGACUAGUCAGCUGCUAACGCGUCGUGCUUGGAAGUUCUCACGCAGCAGUGGCUGGGGAUAGCGGAAACUAGGGGCAUCUUAAAACAAACUGUCCGCGGUUGUUUCAUGGAAGCCGUUCUAGCGGUGGUGUGUAUUUGUAAAACCUACAUAUAUCUUGGUAUACGUGCCCUAGGUUCAGAUAACAUUUGACCUGGUAUCUUCUCUAAAAUACAGUCUGUUUUUAUAUGGACAGGUGAACACUUGGGGCUUUUGAAGCCUUGUGGUUUCCCUCUUUAUACUAUUUAUAAAAAUUACUUUUUCAUAAGGCUUUUAAAUAAAUGUAGUGUAGAAAAACAGUGAAUUUUGCCUUGCUCUGAUGUAAGCAGUCUUGAGAUACAGUUUGUCCAUGAUAGGGGAGGUGAUCUUUCUAGCAAGGGAGAAAUUUUUUCUAUUGGUGAAAUACUCCAUUUAUACUGCAGAGAAUGGUAUUGCUAUGUGCCUACUUAUCUCAGUGCACGCUUUAUACCAGAGACCCCGACUGGGUCAGCCUUGACCUGUUGGUCACAAUGUAGGAAUUUGAACAGGAAAAUGUGACUUACCAACUUCCUAAGUGAUGUACCAACCUGCUCCAGAAAUCAUUCCACAACAGGCUUUACUUUUCUUUGCUUUGUGUAUUUAUAAAAGCAGACUUGUUUUUCCUGUACAGUUGCUUGUAUGUGUGAAUUUUUGAAUGAUUCUGAUACGGCAUUGCUUUUUUUUUUUUCGGCCUGCAAAAGAAUGAAUGUAAAAUAUAGUCAGCAUUAUGCCAGCACAUAUUAAUUCUUUUAACAGAAAAAAAAAAUGGUGGAAAUUAUUUCAGGCAAUUUCCAUUUAUUCUUACAGCACUUUAAAGUGCUUGAUAUUUCUACAGCUGGCUUACCUGUUUUCCCUGGAGUUCCCCUGCAGCUUAGCAUCGGUUAACGCGCGGCAUUCUCUAUCGAACGUAGUCAGUAACUCUAACGCAGUGCCUUAGUGUAUUACAGCAUGUGCUUCUAACUCUCCUCAACGUUAACGAAGAACAACAUCUUUUUUUUUCAGAAGUCCGCAUAUAAAAUAGCAUGGUGCUUGCAAACAGCUGUAUUGGAAAAACAAACUGCGACAAAGACCAUUUUUAUCUAAUCUGUUGUAUCCUCCCCUUAGGUCUUUCUGCUCGUUUUCUUUUUAACUUUUCUCCAUGUAUAAAACCUAGUCAAGAUGUUUCAUGGGAUAUGACUUUAAUGCAUCUUUCCAUAGAGGACAGCAUAUAGUCCCUUACGCUGCAGUGUUGUUAACAAUCAUAGUGAAACUUCUUUUCAAUAAAGGUGCGAGCAUCAAAGUAUUGAAGUCAUAGCGCCAGGAGAAAUAGCAAAGAACACGUAAGAUGCAUUAAAGCAAAGCCUCUCUGUGUAACUUUUUGCUUACUUAGCAACUGAAACUUACUUCAUGUGUUCUGGAUAUCUGUAAGCCGGAGGUUAAAUCUGUAUUGCCGCUCCUCUCUGCAGUUUGGUUAUUGUUUUUUCACAACAGCAAAAUUACUGUUACUGCUGAAUUAUAGAAUAAAUACAGAAUAUCUCA